CACGCCAAUGAGACAUUCAAUGCCUCAUUCCAGUGAUUCCACAGUACUGGACUCUCUGCAUGGAUCCCGGGACGCGUCAUAAAAUCCCACGGCCCGAAGCAAGCCAAAGACCCUGAGAGGCGAAUUAUGCGAACUGACAGCAAGGCAAACUGUUGUUGCAGUUAUGUCGCUGGUUCCUGCAUUCGGUCGGUGCAUGCAUCUGGUUCUGUUCUACGUUCUUACAAUCAUAAUCACACUCCAUACCUAAUUAUUUUGUCGUUGAUGGGAAUGUUUGAGCAGCAGGUGACUCCGACCACCAUUGCACAGACGAGCUCCGGGAAGGAACUCAGUGCCGUAGGGGAGCCAAUUAUGCCCGGGGUAAAGGGUUACUCUAGUACGCCAAUAUGACCUGCCAUCCUAUGGUCAAUUAAGAAGGAAUUGGAGGUUGAUUAUGCGUUCGUGAGGUAUGAAAAGUG